UCCGACAUCAUGAAAAUCGUAUCCAAAAUAGGAUUACAAUUGCUAUUGGCGAUUCUUUAUUUUAUGAACGUGAAUUUAAUAUAUUGUGAGCAGAAUGUACAAAAUGUGGAGAACCUGUCUAAUGAAACAAUCAACAGAACUUACAGUAUCGGAGUCGACAUGGGAAUAAUUAAUCCGGAAAAAUAUUCUUUCGCAUCGUUUGAGAGAGAUGAACAAAACGUCUUCAGAGACUUGUACCAGAACUAUAUAGCUAUCAAUGGCAGUCAACCGAUUAAUUACGAGGAGUGGCUCAUUAUGAACAACUUCGGUAUUCUCAUCGAUACACAGGAGUCAUUAUUUGAAAGGAAGAUCUCUAAACGCAGUACAGCCGACAACAAAAGACGGUUCGUGAAUACAGUUAGGAAAGGAGACAUUUUGGUGACCGGACGGGGCAUCGGUGGUUUGGUUGGUCAUGCCGCUAUUAUGACUACAGAUUAUUGGGUGUUAGAGAUGCCCGGUGGUGCAGGGUGGCAGAACGGAAUCAAAGACAAUAAUAGACAGAUAAGCAAACACAAGUGGUUCGAUGAACACGCGUCUGAUUGGACCACCGUGUACCGUUGUCCGAAUAGUAAUGCAGCAAACGGUGCAGCAAUUUGGGCUGAUCACACUUAUUAUAACCCGAGUGGAGGUUCGAAGAAAACAAAACAUAUAACAUACAAAAUCACUGCUGACGUGUGGUCGACAAAUCCUAGUUAUUGCUCGAAGUUAGUGAUACAAGCGUAUUACUUUGGAACUGGGACGAAGAAAGUCAUCAGCGGUGAUGUUUCACUGAGACGAGUUAUUGUUCCAUCUACUAUACCAUCAUAUUUUUUGAGUCCGUACAAACUAAAAAAUAUGGGUAAAUACUGACACACAUAGUAUUUCCUUUUAUUUAUUAUAUUAUAUAAGUAAUAUCAUAUUCGAUCAGUAUUAUUUAAAAGAUUUAUUAACUACUGUACUAUAACGUGUACAUAAUAUAACUACUUAAUGUGUUAUUUA